AUGACUACAGGACAGAUCCGUCAGCAGCAGAGGCAGGGGACGGCCACCCGACCCCGACCGGUGCAGUCGAUGCUGCCCAUCUCUGGUCCUCCCGCGGUGACCGCGCCUCGCGCCUUUACUCCUCACCCUCGCGCCUUUACUCCUCACCCUCGCACCUUUGCUCCUCACCCUCGCGCCUUUACUCCCCACCCGACCGCCCCUCGCUACACCACAGCAGGAACAGUCUACAACCCCAACAUGGCAGCACCCGUCUAUCCACCGGUCAGGAGGACAAACUCUCCCCGCUGGUUCCCUAGCCGAGCCAGAGGCAGUCCCAGCCCAGGGAUUCCAUACAACCAGAACCCCAUCCCGGUCCGUUAUCCGCCUCACAUCACUACAUAUCGCCGCGACACCUACACGCCCCUUCAGCAAAACUACGACCGCGCCAUCACCCCACGCCUGAGAGAGCUCCAAGGGCCCCUCGGAAACUUGAAGAACCCAGUCUCCACCCUCCCCCCGCAUCUCGUGGGAAUGACAUCUCCAGGCCCUGACGUCGGCGGCGGAAGGCUUGCUCAGAGUUGGCGCAAGGUGGGGCCUGCAGGAGUCGAUGACGGCCAGCACCAAGAUGACGAAGACCCCGAAUUCAUUGCUUCUGUCAAUGUCCUAGCCUCGCAGUUCAAUGUCAAGGCCCUUACCAACCUGGCGUCGUACCAGAACCCGUCGCAGAGAGCCGCGAAAAAGGCUUUGUCUCGAGCGCGCCCCUUCUCCGACCGCCCCGCUGCCUCCAGAUCGGAGACGCUGAGCAUGCCUCAGAACCAGAAUCCAACCACUCGGGCUGGUCUCGGAGCGUACAGGCCCCCUAUGGCCGGAUACGGUGCACCCGGCAAGCCUGGACCUAAUGCCGGAUACGCUGCGCCCGGCAAGCCUGGACCUGAUGCCGGAUACGGUCCGCCCGGCAAGCCUGGACCUGAUGCUGGAUACGGUGCGCCCGGCAAGCCUGAUGCCGGAUACGCUGCGCCCGGCAAGCCUGGACCUGAUGUCGGAUGCGGUGCGCCCGGCAAGCCUGGACCUGAUGCCAGAGCCUCUCGCUCCCUAGGCGACGACUAUGCCCCGGCCGGCGCACCCGUUCCUCGCAAUAUCACUGCCCACAGCGCUGCCCGCAGAGCCGCCUUUAAUGCGUUCCUGAAGACAAUAAGCCCUCGCUCAGGCCCAUUUCCAACCCGUCCUGGAGCGCCUCAGCCACUCACUGCUGGACCUCCAGGUCUUCGGAAGCAUCAGCCAUUCCGAGGUCCUGGCCCCUCAGCUCCCUCUGUCCUCCAGGGGUCUAGCGAUCCUAGCUCUCCGGACCUACAUAUCUUUCAGGAAUCUGGCGAUUCUGCCACCAGCGCAUAUCAGUCAACCGAGGACAGCGGCUGGCUUUCCGAGGACGAGGGAUCCUCGCAGGACGAUGUGUCCAAGCCAGCCCAAGACGUGUCCAAGCCAACCCAAGACGUGUCCAAGCCAGCCCAGGACGUACCCAAGCUAGCCCAGGACGUGUUCAAGCCGGCCCAGGACGUGUUCAAGCCGGCCCAAAAUGUGUUCAAGCCGGCCCAAAAUAGGUUCAAGCCAGCCCAAGAAGAGGUCUAUCCCGACGUUAUCCAGUCCAUGAUUGAUGCCAUCGUCAACUCUCCUCAGCCGUCCAGGGCCAUUACCCCCCCAGUCCUCCAGCCACCCAUUGGUACUAGCCGCCCCAAGCCAGCCGACCCGAAGACGGCAGAUGCAAAGAUGGCAGAUCCGAAAAAGGCAGAUCCAAAGAUGGCAGAUCCAGAGGCUCCCGCUCCCGCAGUCUCCAAGCCCGAACCGCCUCCCUCCAUGCGGCUCUACUACCCAUUCGGACUACCCUCUGACUACGUUCCAUCUAGCGAACCCCUGGAGCAGUUUCUCCCUCCACGCCGCACUCAUGCCCCCAGGACUCGCGAGGAGCUCGACCGUCACCAGAAACGGGUCGAUGAAUCCUGGUAUGCCAACGUCAAGAGCACUCACAAUGCCUUGGAUGAUGCCACCCUGGACGCCAAGAAGAGGCAUCUGUUCCGCACUCUCGGCCGCGUCGAUCUGGCCGAGGCUAUGGCUAUUGACGGUCCCGGUCCUGCCGACGAGAGCGGACCCAACAAGCGCUUCAGCAACUUUGUCGUCCCUGACCCAUGGGUCAUUGACGACUCCGAAGCCGGGCUCCGGAGCUUCUUUGCCAGCAAGUGA